AUGUCGCAAUUACAUACAGUAUUUUCCCCUGUCUUCCCAAUAGAGAAGGACUCAGAUGUUCCAUCAGAUGAAAUACCGUUGGUACAAACUUCAACUAUACAAGUAUUCAUACAAUUGGCAGAACCUGUAGUGUUCAUACAAGGUUUCGAGUCACAAGAAAUCGCAGAAAGACCACCAAGUAUAUUAAGAGGUUCUUUAAUUGUUAGGGUACUCAAACCAAGUAAAUUGAAAAAUAUUUCGUUGGCAUUUAAAGGUUAUUCAAGAACAGAUUGGCCAGAGGGCAUACCGCCAAAAAAACAAGAAUUUGUAGAGAUAAAUGACAUCGUGAACCAUACGUGGCCUUUUUAUAGGAGUUCAGCCCAAAAUUCUUCAUACCUGGGCAGUGGGCCAAACAGUACAUCUUCUUCAGUUACCAAUAUAUCUGCAUUAAAUCCAGAUUCUGACGAUCCAAUACUACAAGAUAGUGGAGCAUCUCUAUUUAGACCCUCACCAAAAACAAAUGCUGCAAAUAGGAAUGGCCAUUCUUCAACUUCUAUAAAUACGCUUUCCUCUUCAAGCAUUGCAUCAAAAAAUAGCACUGAUGUUACACCAACUAAACCAGCUAUUUCUGAAACAAAUGCUGCAACAAGAAGUUUAUCACCUUUACGGUUGAUAAGAAAGGCGACCUCACCAAAUACAAACGAUAAUAAGCAAACAAAACAAUCUUCAUCUAGGUUUUCUGACUUAUUUAGUGGAACUUUUUCAACAUCUAAUGAUAAUUCUCAGGGAAACCAGAAUAAAAAUAACAAUUUAUCUCCUAAUUCAGCUAACAUCAAUAUGCAUGGGCCUUCUGAUGCCUUUAUCUUCCAACCUGGUGACUACAUUUAUACAUUUGAACAAGCAAUUCCUUCGUCCUACCCUGAAACAAUAAAAGCUGAUUAUGGGUUUGUUGAAUAUUACUUAUUCAUAUCGAUAGAACGUUUUGGUGCGUUUAAAUCUAAUAUCACAGCAAAAUUUCCUAUUACUUUGGUUAGAACGCAAGCAGAUACAUCAAUUGAAGAAACAGAACCUAUAGCGAUUUCUCGAGAUUGGGAACACCAACUUCAUUACGAUAUUGUUAUUGCAUCAAAAGACAUUAUUCUUGAUGCCUUUCUACCAAUUGCUUUCAGGUUUUCUCCCAUUGACAAGGUUACUUUACAUCGUAUUAGAAUAUAUUUAACAGAAACAAUAGAUUACUAUUGUAAAGGGAAAAAGGUUCACAGAGUAGAACCAACUAAGAAAUUUCUUUUAGCAGAGCAUAAUGGUCCUAAAUUAGAAAAUCUUGGUGAGAACAAUAAUUCAUCAAAGGCAAAAUAUUUAGGUAAUUUAUUAGUUGAUGAUAGUACGGGGGAUCUUGUUAAUAAAGAAUUUGAAUACCAAGUAUUUGUUCCAAAUACAUUUGCAAACAAGCAAGCUCUACAUCCUGACACAGGAUAUGAAAAAAUCAAAUCGCAACAUUGGAUUAAGAUCUGUUUGAGACUUUCGAGAAUGAUUGAUGGUAAAAGGAAGCAUUAUGAAAUUGUUAUAGAUUCGCCAAUACAUGUGUUGCAUAAGCUGUGUUCGCAUGCAAAUACAUUACUGCCUUCAUACGACUGUCAUAUACCUAUGGUUCGCUCAAGUUCAAAAUUGCAUCUUAAUUCGAUUCAUGAUUCUCUAACUGAGGCUCCAAAAUAUCAUGAUUCUAACAUUUUCUUUCCAAAGGAAGUACUGUUAUCACCAAUUCUUUCUCCAGAAGUCCAUGCUCUAGAUCUCAAGCUUGACAAUGGAAGAAAUACAAGAAGAGUUGAAAGUAAUAGGAAAUCAGAUAUAAUUUCUGAUGAAGCUAAAGAAGUAUUUAACUCACCUAGAUUAAAGGCUAAUAUUUAUCAACCGGAUAACCUACAAAGAGAACUGGCUUCUCCUCAGGCAAUACCAUUAUCUCCAAUUGCAUCACCAUCAAUGACGUCUUUAAACCUUCAAACUGAUGAAGAACCUCCUGAAUUUGAUUUUGAUUUAGACACAAUCAAUUCUUCCUCAUCAAAUAAUAAAAGGCUUCCGAACAAUCCCCCAACAUAUUCUGAUGUGAUGAGAUCUGAUGGGGUUACUAGUAAUUCUACAAACAUUAGAACUUUAAUGGCUGGAAAGUUCAACCAUAAAUCACAAGAAAAAUUAGAAGUUAUGAAAACAGAAAAAUAUUCAAAACAUAAUAGUUUAAAUUCUUUGAGCUAUUCUAAGAAAAGAAUUAGUGAUGGCAGCAGCCAUAGUUCUUCUUCUAAAUCAAAAGAAGAAAAUAUAGAAAAUCUCUCAAAUUAUGGAAUGAAUAAUCUAGGUCCUAAAUCUAAUCCAAUGUUGGCAACUUCAAUAAGUAGAUCAAAUUCCUCACCGAUCCAUACAUCAAACUCUCAAAGUAACUUAAUCAGUACUAAUAAAGUCGAUGCAAUGCAUGAUAUGUUACCAUCUACAAUAAGAUUCGAUAACCAGUCUUAUAAUGAUUUAAAUGAAAUUCUUGAUAUCGACGAUAAUGAUACUGAAGAUGUGACAUCGAUUAGUUCAUCAAUAAAUAGAACUGGGAUAUCCGCUGCUUUGAGUUUAGAUGGUCCUUCAGCUCAACCUUUACUACAUUCUGCUAACUCAGAACAUAAUAAAACAGCUGAUGAAUCCUCUUUUAAUUCUUCUGAUUUGAUAGAUGAUUUAAUAACAUUCCCAACUGAAUCCUCGAUUGAUAUAACUGCAUUCUACCAUAAAAAUUCCAAUACCUGGCAUCCAUUACAACAAGGGGAAAUUAAUCAAUUAUCCUCAGUAUCGAGUAACGAUUACACUUUUAAAGUCGCAAAUAGUAAUAAUGUUUUAAGCGAUUUCAAGCAUGCUUUGCAUGAUGGUCAGACAGAUAAUAAACGACUUGCAUCUAUUGACAGUACUUCCACAUUACGUGGUGGAAAUGCAAAUUGA